AUGGUGAUGGGACGCGACAUGUCGCGUACCGCGGCACUCGCAAUCGCGUUGUUCUGCCUAUUAAGUGGAUUCAAUUGUCUCAAUGGAGUAUCGGCAGCCGGCAAGGUGGAUGACUCGAAAGGUCCCGUCUUCCUGAAGGAACCGACCAACCGCAUUGACUUUUCCAACUCGACCGGCGCCGUCGUCGAGUGCAGCGCUACCGGCAAUCCGCCCCCGGAAAUGAUCUGGAUCCGUAGCGAUGGAACGGCGGUCGGUGACGUGCCCGGACUGCGGCAGAUUCUGCCGAACGGAAACCUCGUGUUUCCGCCGUUCCGUGCCGAGGACUACCGGCAGGAGGUGCACGCCCAGGUCUACGCCUGCAUGGCCAAAAACCAGUUCGGAUCGGUGAUCUCGCGCGAUGUCAACGUACGGGCCGUCGUACAGCAGUACUACGACUCGGAGGUAAACAAUGCGUACGUUAUUCGCGGGAAUUCGGCCAUCCUCAAGUGUUCCAUCCCGUCGUUUGUGGCCGAUUUUGUCGGGGUGGUGUCGUGGAACGAUGACGCCGGCACUGUGUACCACCAACUGGACCGUAACCGUAGCCGCGGUGACGGGGAACACGAUUUGGAAAUUGACGGCAAGUACAUGGUUCUACCGUCCGGAGAGCUACACAUCCGCGAGGUUGGCCCGGAGGAUGGCUACAAGAGCUACCAGUGCCGGACGAAGCAUCGCCUGACCGGGGAAACGCGACUAUCGGCCACCAAGGGACGACUGGUGAUCACAGAACCCGUCGGUUCCAAACCGCCAACGUUCUCGUCGGAGUCGAAGGGAAGUAUUUUCGAAAAACCGGCCAACAGCAGCUUUGCGUUGCUCUGCCAGGCGCAGGCGUUUCCGGUUCCGAUCAUGAGGUGGUACAAGUACAUCGAAGGCACGCAGCAGAAGAAAGCGGUCGUGCUGGAUGAGCGAGUGAAGCAAGUGUCCGGCACGCUGAUCAUCAAGGAUGCGGUCGUCGACGAUUCGGGAAAGUAUCUGUGCGUAGUCAACAACUCGGUCGGGGGCGAGAGCGUCGAAACGGUGCUCACCGUCACUGCACCGCUGGCCGCCAAGAUUGAGCCGCGCACGCAAACGGUCGACUUUGGCCGGCCGGCCGUCUUCACGUGCAAGUUCUCGGGUAAUCCGAUCAAAACGGUGUCCUGGACGAAGGACGGCAAGUCGCUUGGCCACAGUGAUGCCGUACUGCGCAUCGAGUCGGUGAAAAAGGAAGACAAGGGCAUGUAUCAGUGUUUCAUUCGCAACGACCAGGAAAGUGCACAGGCCAGCGCCGAGCUGAAGCUGGGAGGACGAUUCGAUCCACCGAUCAUUCGCGAAGCGUUCCCAGAGGAGACGCGCCAUCCGGGUCCGUCGGUGUUUCUGAAGUGUGUUGCCGGUGGUAAUCCGACGCCCGAGAUCGGCUGGGAGCUGGACGGCAAGAAGAUUACGAACAGCGAACGGUACCAGGUCGGCCAGUACGUCACGGUGAACGGGGACGUCGUUUCGCACCUCAAUAUUACGUCGAUCCACUCGAACGAUGGCGGUCUGUACAAGUGUAUCGCCAGCAGCAAGGUCGGUGUGGCGGAUCAUUCGGCCAAGCUGAACGUGUACGGGUUGCCGUACGUGCGGACGAUGGAAAAGAAGGCGAUCGUCGCGGGGGAAACGCUGAUCGUCACGUGCCCCGUGGCUGGCUAUCCGAUCGAGUCGAUCGUAUGGGAGCGCGAUAACCGCCAGCUGCCGAUCAACCGCAAGCAGAAAGUGUUUCCGAACGGUACGCUGAUCAUCGAAAACGUAGAGCGCAACUCGGACCAGGCCACGUACACGUGUGUGGCGAAGAACUCGGAAGGAUACACGGCGCGCGGCACGCUCGAGGUUCAAGUCAUGGUACCACCCAAGAUUGCUCCCUUUUCGUUCGGCGAUGAUCCGAUGAACUACGGCGAGUCGGCAUCGGUCACGUGUAACGUCAUCUCCGGUGAUCUGCCGAUCGAGAUCGAAUGGUUUUUCAACGGCCAGCCCCUGACGCGGUAUCGGCACCAGCUCGCCAAGCUCAACGUGGCCGACUUUGGCAAGCGCACCAAGGCGUUGUCGAUCGACGAAGUCGAUGCGCGGUACGCCGGGGUUUACAGCUGUCGGGCGACCAACGUGGCCAGCUCGGUCGAGUACGCCAACGAGCUGAUAGUGAACGUUCCACCGAGGUGGAUCCUGGAACCGACCGAUAAGGCCUUCGCUCAGGGCUCAAACGCCAAGGUUGAGUGCAAGGCGGACGGUUUCCCGAAGCCACAGGUUACCUGGAAGAAAGCAGUCGGUGAUACUCCCGGCGAGUAUAAGGAUCUGCGAUCGAACGAUUCAAGCAUUCGCGUUGAGGAAGGUUCACUGUUUAUCCAGAACAUCCAGAAAUCGAACGAAGGUUACUAUCUGUGCGAGGCCAUCAACGGCAUCGGGUCCGGGUUGAGCGCCGUCACACUGAUCACCGUCCAGGCACCGCCCGAGUUCGUUGAGAAGCUGCGCAACCAAACGGCACGCCGCGGCGAACCGACGGUGCUGCAGUGCGAAGCGAAGGGCGAAAAACCGAUCGGCAUCCUGUGGAACAUGAACAACAUCCGGCUGGACCCGAAGUCCGACAACCGGUACACGAUCCGGGAGGAGAUUCUACCGAACGGUGUCACGUCCAGUCUGUCCAUCAAGCGCACCGAGCGCAGCGAUUCGGCGCUGUUCACCUGCAUGGCCACGAACGCGUUCGGUAGUGACGAUACGAGCAUCAACAUGAUCAUCCAAGAGCCGGCCGAGAUGCCGUACGCGCUGAAGGUGCUGGACAAAUCGGGACGCACCGUGCAGCUGAGCUGGGCCAAACCGUACGAUGGUAACUCGCCGCUCAAGCGGUACAUCAUCGAGUUUAAGCGCUCCCGAGGAUCGUGGGAAAACGAUAUCGAUCGCGUGAUCGUACCGGGCGACACCAACGAGGCGCAGGUGCAGAAGCUAAGCCCGGCCACUACCUACAACAUUCGCAUCGUGGCGGAGAACGAGAUCGGCGUGUCGGAUCCUUCGGAUGUGGUGACGAUCAUCACGGCGGAAGAGCAACCGUCCGGAAAGCCGCAGACCAUCAAGGUGGAACCGAUCAAUCAGACGACGUUGCGCGUAAGCUGGAAGGCACCGCCGCGUGCCGAAUGGAACGGUGAUAUACUGGGCUACUACGUGGGCUUCAAGCAAACGUCCGUCAACUCGUCGUACAUUUACGAAACGGUCAACUACUCGCUCGAGGGCGGCGAAGGCAAGGAGCACAGUCUGGAGAUUAACAAUCUGAAAACGUACACGCAGUACUCGAUCGUCAUCCAGGCGUUCAACAAGGUCGGUGCCGGUCCGAUGAGCGACGAAGAGAAGCAGUACACGGCCGAAGGAACGCCGGAUCAGCCCCCGAGCGAUACGAUGUGCACGACGCUGACGUCGCAGACGAUUCGCGUGUCGUGGGUCAGCCCACCGCUCGAGUCGGCCAACGGGGUCAUCAAGGGCUACAAGGUAGUGUACGCUCCGAGCGAUCUGUGGAAUGAUGACAAAAACAAGGACUACAAAAAGACGGCCUCCAGCGACACGGUGCUGCACGGGCUGAAGAAGUACACCAACUACACGAUGCAGGUGCUGGCGACCACCUCCGGUGGCGACGGAGUGCGCAGCGCACCGAUCCACUGCCAAACGGAACAGGACGUGCCGGAGGCUCCGAUCGGUGUGAAGGCGCUCGUCAUGUCGGAGGGUUCCAUUCUCGUGUCCUGGCAGCCCCCGUCCCAACCGAACGGGUUGAUCCUCCAGUACACGGUGUACAUCAAGAGUGGCGAGCAGGACCCGAAAAGCCACAAGGUGCCAUCGUACCAGAUGAGCUACGAAGCGUCCGGGUUGGAGAAGAAUCAAAAGUACGAAUUCUGGGUCACGGCUUCGACCACGAUCGGCGAGGGCCAACCGUCGAAGACGCUGUCCGCCAUGCCGAGCGAAAAGGUACCGGCCAAGAUCGCUUCGUUCGAUGACAAAUUUACGGCCACGUUCAAGGAGGACGCCAAACUGCCGUGCCUGGCCGUCGGUUCACCGACCCCGGACAUUACGUGGAAAAUCAAGGGCGUAGAGUUUGUGCCGAACGAGCGCAUCCGCCAGCUGCCGGAAGGUUCACUGUUCAUUAAGGACGUCGUGCGGCAGGAUGCGGGCGACUACACGUGUACGGCCGAAAAUUCGAUCGCCAAGGACUCGAUCACCCACCGGUUGAUCAUUCUGGCGCCGCCCCAAUCACCCCAGCUGACCCUGACGGCGACGACAACGGACUCGCUGUCCGUGAAGCUGAAGCCACACGAUUCGGAUACGGCCCCGCUGCAGGGAUACACGCUCCACUACAAGCCCGAGUUUGGCGAGUGGGAAACGAUCGAUGUUGCACUCGAGGCACCCAAGUAUACGAUCGAGAAACUGUACUGUGGAUCCCGGUAUCAGGUGUACGCGACCGCCUACAACACCAUCGGCGCUGGGGAGCCUUCGGACAUCCUGAACACGCGCACCAAGGGAUCGAAACCGUUGCUGCCGGAGAAGUCACGCUUCAUCGAAGUUUCGUCCAACUCGAUCACGCUCCAUCUGCCGGCUUGGAAGGACGGAGGAUGCCGUAUGUCACACUUUGUGGUAGAGCACAAGAAGAAGGAUCAAAUCGAUUGGAAUCAGAUUUCUAACAACGUCAAACCGGGCGGCAAUUUUGUCGUGCUCGAUCUGGAGCCAGCCACUUGGUACAACCUUCGCGUGACGGCACACAACAACGCCGGAUUCACGGUGGCUGAGUAUGAGUUCGCCACCCUCACGAUCACGGGCGGUACGGUUGCGCCCAGCUUCGGCUCCGUUCAGCCGGGCUCGAUGUACCCCCCAUGGAUUCCCCACUGGAUCGAUCUGAACGUGAUGGUACCACUGAUCGCGACCGUGAUCGUGGUGGCGGUAGGUGUACUGGUCAUUUGUGUUGCCAUCUCACGACGCCGGGACGACGAUCCACGCUGCGGGCCGAAGGAUGUGUACUACGAUGUCGUGUACAAUCAGUCCAUGGGCCCGGCAGGAGCUGCCACGCUGGACAAGAGGCGCCCAGACAUCCGGGAUGAGCUGGGAUACAUUGCGCCGCCCAAUCGUAAACUACCCCCGGUUCCGGGCUCCAACUACAACACGUGCGAUCGCGUCAAGCGCGGAACGGUUAUCAGCCAUAAUCCCUCCAUAAAAUCCAAUCAUACCACUUGGGACCCGCGACGGCCGUUGUACGAGGAGCUGAAGAAGGCUCCACCGCCACUGCCACGACGUUUCAACCAUCCGCCGGCGUGCUACGGUAUGGAGGAUGAAAUUUGCCCGUACGCCACGUUCCAUCUGCUGGGCUUCCGCGAGGAGAUGGACCCGACGAAGGCGAUGAAUUUCCAGACGUUCCCGCACCAGAAUGGAAUGGGCGGCCCGGGCCACAUGGGAACGAUGGGCUCGAACAUGGCGAUGCAGGUGCCCAGCCAUGUCCAUUCCCGCUCCGGUUCACAGUCAAUGCCACGCCAGAACCGGUACGCGCGCAAGAACAGCCAGGGUGGCCAGAGUAGCAUCUACACCCCGGCCCCGGAGUAUGACGAUCCGGCCAACUGCGCCGAGGAAGACCAAUACAGACGAUACACGCGCAUCAACUCCCAGGGCGGUUCCAUGUACUGUGGCCCGGGACCCGAGUACGACGAUCCGGCCAACUGCGCACCCGAAGAUGAUCAGUACGGUUCGCAGUAUGGUGGCAACUAUGGCACACCGUAUGAACAUUACGGUUCCCGGGGCUCCGUUGGCCGCCGGAGCGUAGGUUCGCCGGAACCUCCGCCGCCGCCACCGCGCAAUCACGAUACGAGCAACUCGUCGUUUAACGAUUCGAAGGAAAGCAACGAAAUUUCCGAAGCCGAGUGCGAUCGCGACAAUGGACCGCGCGGAAACUAUGGAGAGCCAUCCGAGGCCACUUCGAAAUCCAACGAUGCUGGUAAUGCGGAGGAAACUGAAAAGUUACUGAAAAGAAACGAAGUCAAACCCAAGUACACCAAACAAACAGCAGCAGCCCCCGGUGGCACCGGACUCACAGCCUACGAUACUAUGGCAGUGUAA